AUGGAGGAAGAGCGUGUUAUCAAGAAGAGAAACCGUCCUAGUCUUGUAUGCAGCGUGUGCAAAACCAAGAAGAUCAAGUGUGACAGAGGCAAACCCUGCACUCAGUGUAUUAAAAACGGUACUGAAGCCGAAUGCACUUAUGACGAGCGACUUUCCACUUCACGACCUCGAAAGAGAAAACGACCCGAUGCAAGCCAUGUCCUGUCCAAUGAAUCCGUAAGUUCUGAACCAAACACUUCUAAAGAUGUCUGUGUUCUUAUACCUAAGCAUGAAUUGGAGCAGCUUCAAUUAUCGAUCAAGAGAUACGAGACAUCAUUUGGCGUAGGCGAGAGUUCUCAGAGUAUCAGCACUAUUCACACCAACAACACCAACGGGGCUUCAAAUCCAAGUUCACACCCACUGUCUGUUCCCCUGUCGGCCGCACUGGAUGACAACGACGAUGAGGUAGUAUAUAACCGAACCAUGUCGUCUUACCCAAGAGCCAUUUUCUCUCACCAUGAUGAACACUUACCGGGAUACAUCCCCUUGGAGAAUGUAAUGUAUGACAAGUUUGAAGCAUUUGAACCGGAAUUAUCAGUCACCAACCGAAUGAAACUCGCUGAGUUGCCCAAGGACGAGCACUACAUGGUUGGGAUUAACCCCUAUUCUAGCCCGGAUGACGCUAUUGAUUUAGACAAGAGUCAGGCGCGUGGACGAUAUUUCUCCUCGCUUUCGUGGUUGUACAUUACCAAAAAUAGCCAGACGUUGUCGUUGCUUAGGAGUUAUGCAGCUAACCAGAAGAAACAAAUCAAGGGAACUACUGCCGUACCUGAGCCUUGUCCCGUUAGGAAGUAUAUGGUACCUGCGGAUGACAAGAUCAAAUCGACCUUAAACUUGGAUAAUUCCCAACAGCAGCGAUUCCAACAAAAGGUUAAAGAGACGGAUGAUGAUGAUGAGAUACUUCCAUAUGAUGUGAAACAGCUGAUGCAUAUGUGUAACGCUGAUUUAAGCAAUGUUAAUGUCCCAUCUUUCACAUUAGGGUUGACGAUUUUGGGAAGUCCCCGAGAUCGUGAAAUGAACUUGCUACAACAAAUUGAGGCAGCAAUGCCUACUAAAAGAGUAAUUUACUUGUUAACCACCAGAUUCUUUAAGUACUUAUACCCCUUCAUGCCAUACAUCGAUGAAUUUGAUUUCCGACAACAAACGCUGAAGAUAUUGGGAGCAGAAAGCCAAACUGACGUGAAACCUACUGUCAACAUUGAAAAGAAGUUGGAUAUAGCCCAUAUUGGGUUGUUAUUUAUUGUCCUUCGAUUGUCCUACUUGUCGUUAUUCUACAAUCGAAGUUUCCACAAUGAGCAAAUACUAAAGAAGGAAGAAUUGACCCCUGAUGAAAUGGAGAAAAAGACAUUAUUACUCAAUCCAAUUAAUAUCCACAGUGUGGAAAUUGCUCGUGAGUGUUUGCAGCAUUUUCAAAGGUUGGGAAAUGUGACAUUCCCUGUGUUGCAAGGAUCAUUAUAUCUUCGGUUGUACCAUAGUUUUGCUCCGGAGGAAGGUGAUGGAUUAGAUGGAUCUGAAAGUCAGAUAUCUGGUAGUAUACUACUAUCCAUGUGUUACUCACUUGGGUUAAACCGGGAACCGGACAAAUAUCAGAGUCACUUGAAUGAACGAACCAAGAACUUGUAUAGGAAGAUCUGGUUCUAUGUGGUUGCUGCAGAGUAUCUGAAUGCAUACUUGUAUGGAGGUCCAUUGUUUGCUCGUGAAGAAUGUUUUGAUACCAAGAGACCAUUCUUUACACCUGGAAACUCCAAUAUCCGUGAUAUAGAAUUGGAGAAAUCUUGCCAUUCCGUGUUUGCGUUUGGUACCGCAAUGAUCAAGGGUCCUAUCAAUGACAUCAUCAAGCUGUAUUUGAAUAUCGGAAAGCCGAUUAAGGUUAUGGAAUUGACUAAUCAUUUGAACCAUUCUGAACAGGGAGUUGUCAAGAUCAUGGGCAGGGUCGGGGAUUACGUGAAUGUUCUCGAAUCCAAGGAUCAAACGUACCAUACCAACAAGAUUAUGAAGCUCAAUAUCCGUCUCCGUCUCAACUUGUUCUUUGUGGUUAAUUAUUGUAUCUUGUUUAAUUAUUAUGAGUCAAAGAACGCUCGAUUGGGAUAUUUCUACUUGAAAAAACUUAUGGCCGUGCUUUUUGAAGAAACCCUUCCUUAUUUAUUACCAUUGAUUGUCAAGACGAAUGAACUAUUCGGAGAAGGAGCGGAUAUAUACAUCAAUCCAACUAUCAUUCAAGCAAUCAACCGUAUUUUUGACAUUGCCUUGGUUUCGUUGGUACGGACUAAUUUUCUGUUGUAUACGAUGCUGGGUAAUCCUGACCAUCGUUCUCGUCUCAAACACGACCUUGGAUAUCGCGAUAUGUUUAUGGCUUCGCAUAGGUUUAUUGUUUCCAUGGAGAAAUCAUGUCGUAUAUGUCUUGCUGCACUCUCAAUCUUGAGCAGUCGGUACUACUUUGCGUGGGGUUUAGUUAAGAGCAAAAACUACUUUUUGAAAUUAGCUACAAGUCCUGAGUUUUACAAGGAUAAUGCAGAUUGUGGAUUGGAUUUCUAUGAGCCCAAUGCUGAGGAAAUCCACGAAUUAGCAUAUAUUGUUGAUUCACUGAUGGAAAACAUUGAGGAUUUGGUUAACAAUUAUUGCUCCGACCUUGAUUUGCCUUCAUUGUUUAAGAGGCUGGAAAACAGCGCACCUCCACAGCCAGAGCCGCCUCGACCUGAACCAAUGCAUCGCCCAGAAAGUAACGUUAGCCAAUUGUCUGAUUUCAGUACCUCGGGGUUUAACACGCCAGAUUCGUCACAUGGGCUUUUCUUUUCCGGGUUUGAAGAUUUAAAGUUUGACAAUAGUAAUGAGAUCGAUAGUGUUUGGUUGCAAAUGCUUUCCCUGAAGAAUGACCAGUCUGAUAUCCCGAAUGCCAUGUUCAGCAAUCCUUUCCCUAACAAGUAUUCCGAGAAUGUUGCUGACUAUGUAGAGCCAGUAGUGCCAGCACAAUCUCAGACUCUGGCCGAGCCACAAGCUAAUCUAUUGUCGUAUAAUGAAUUGAACCCCCACCGAAUCUUUGAGAAUUUCGUGAGCCGUGAGGAUGGGAAUGACAUGUACAUGGAUUUCUUUAAUGAUUUGCCCUUGGAUCAAGUGUUCCAAUAG